CAAUCCAUUUCUUUAGACUUCCUUUUUCUCUGCUUCCCUUUAUUUCUUUUUCUUCUCAGUUCAUUCUCUGGAACCAAAAAUUUUCUCCAAUAUCACUUAAUUCCUCCAUUUCAACUGGAUUAUUGCUUCUUCUUCCACUUUUUCGGGUUCCCUUUUGCUCUCCCUUCUCCCAUUUUUUCUGGGUUUGUUUCAAUCUUGCUCUUCUGGAUAUGAACUGCCCCUGAAACUUGAUUUUCUUGUGGAAAACUGAGAGAAGAACAUGAAAUCGUUUGAUUCUCUUGUGCUGCUUCUCUGUUUGAAUUUGGGGGUUCUUUUUGUGUCUUCUCAUUCUGUUUCUUCUAAUGAAGUGUCGGCUCUUAUGGCCUUCAGGUUAGAAAUAUUUGAAGAUCCAUUUGAAGUCUUCUCCAACUGGAACAGCCUUUAUGAAGAUCCUUGUUUAUGGUCUGGCAUUUCGUGUUCUCCCAAUAGGGACCAUGUUUCAAAGAUUAACAUUUCAUAUUCUGCCAUUAAAGGGUUUCUUCCACGAGAUUUGGGUCAGCUCAGCUUCCUGGAUGAACUGAUUUUGCAUGGGAAUAAGCUGCUUGGUCCAGUUCCUAAGGAGUUGGGGUGCUUGAAGAACCUCAGAGUGUUGGACUUAGGGGUGAAUCAACUCACUGGUCCAAUUCCUUCUGAGUUUGGGAACUUAACCAAUGUUGUGAAAAUAAACCUCCAGUCUAAUGGGCUCACUGGUAAGCUGCCUCCUGAGCUGGGAAAUUUGAGAUACCUUGAGGAACUAAGGCUGGAUCGAAAUAAGCUUGGAGGAGCUGUUGCUGCUGGUGACCAUUCAGAUCAUACUGGAUUGUACAAUGCGUCAAACAUGGACUUGACUGGAUUUUGUGGCUCAUCUCAGCUAAGAGUUGCCGACUUUUCGUAUAACUUUUUUGUCGGGAGCAUACCGAAAUGCUUGGGGUAUAUCCCAAGGUCAAGUUUCCUAGGGAAUUGCCUCAAUAACAGUAACCCAAAACAACGUCCUUCAUCUCAAUGUGUUAAGACUAAGAGCCAUCCGGGAAGCAACGAGCAGAACCAUCACGAAACAACGUCGAAACCUAUCUGGCUUUUGGCCCUUGAGAUAGUAACAGGCACUCUGGUGGGUUCUCUGUUCCUUGUUGCUGUUCUUACUGCAGUCCAGAAAUUCAAUAGAAAAUCCUCCAUCAUACUGCCAUGGAAGAAAGCUGGAAGUAGGAAGUACUACGCUCCGGUUUAUAUAGAUCCUGAGAUUUUGAAAGAUGUAACGAGAUUUAGUCGACAAGAACUCGAACUAGCUUGUGAAGAUUUCAGCAACAUAAUUGGCUCAUCUCAGGACAGUUUGGUAUACAAGGGCACCAUGAAAACUGGUCCCGAGAUUGCGGUUAUCUCGAUGAGCAUGAAAGAAGAGCAAUGGACAGGAUACCUCGAACUCUAUUUUCAGACGGAGGUAGCGGAUUUGGCGCGAAUCAACCACGAGAAUACAGGGAAAUUACUGGGUUAUUGCAGUGAGAGUAGUCCAUUUACGAGGAUGCUGGUUUUUGAUUAUGCAUCAAAUGGCACAUUAUAUGAGCAUCUACAUUUGACUGCAGAUGGAGAAGCGUCUCAGUUAUCUUGGACGAGACGCAUGAAGAUUAUCUUAGGCAUCGGUCGUGGACUCGAGUAUCUUCAUACCGAGCUCCAACCUCCAUUCACCAUCUCUGAGCUGAGUUCCAAUGCUGUAUAUCUUACGGAUGAUUUUUCUCCAAAGCUGAUAGACUUUGAAAGUUGGAAGACGAUUCUUUCACGAUCGGAAAAGAAUUCGGGCGCUAUCGGUAGCCAAGGUGCGAUAUGUGUUCUUCCAAACUCUCUAGAAGCAAGACAUCUCGACGUGCAGGGUAACAUCUAUGCUUUCGGCAUCCUUCUACUUGAAAUCAUCAGCGGGCGGCCUCUGUACUGCAAAGUCAAAGGAAACUUGGUAGAUUGGGUCAAGGACUACAUUGAAAUGCCAGAAGUGAUGGCUUACAUUGUCGAUCCCGAACUGAAGCAUUUUAGAUACGAAGACCUCGAGGUAAUCUGUGAGGUGGUGAACCUCUGCAUCUAUCAGCAGCCGAAAUCGCUAUCGAUGAAGGAGGUCUGCACCAUGUUAGAAACUAGAAUUGACACAUCUGUUGCCAUUGAGUUUAAGUCAUCUUCUUUGGCAUGGGCAGAGCUUGCACUCUCAUAGAAGUAGUGAAGGUACACAUACAAAUUGACAUAUACAAAAGUUGUAAUACUCUAAUUUUCCCCUUUUUCUUUUGUUUUUUUUUUUUAUAGCUUUUUGAAGUUUCUAAAUUCGUUGUACAUGUUCAAUCCUAAAACGCAGGCUGUAUCACAAAAGCUUUCAAAGUCCUAGCAUCAAAAGUAAUAGCUCUAAUCAGAGUGUCAUUUAAUCACAAAGCAACAAAGAAGUUGAACAAA